AUGCAGAACAAACAAAAACCCGUGACUCAGUGCGUUAGCGAGAAGGACAAUCUUAUCAAGAUUGAAGGUUUACCACGGGAUACGGAUAACUUUUGGCGCACAGAUCUAACGCUGUCUCCCUCGCUAAUGAGCGGGAAGAAAUGUCUGCGUUAUCGAAGGUACAGCAAGGGCUUGUCUUUUAGUCAUCGAGAGCGUCAAUUGCUCAACAUUCAUGGCUUGUUGCCGCAUGCUGUGCUGACCAUGGAACAGCAGGUGAUGGCACAUCAAAAAUACUUUGCCACGUUAACUUCCCAAAUGGCUAAAUACAUAUUCCUCACGGAUCUUGAGGCACGCAAUCGAACGUUGUUUUACAGCUUUUUGAUGAGUAAUCCCGAUGAGUAUAUGAAGGUAUUUGUAAGCGCUACCACUGGAUAUUUGGUGAAACAGUUUGGUAUAUUCUACACUGUGUUUCGCGGCAUGUUUAUCACUAUCAAGGAUCGUGGACACAUCUACGAUGUGCUCAGCAAUUGGCCAUAUGCCGAAUACGUUCGUUGUCUUAUUGUGAGCAAUGGCAAGUCGGUGCUCAGUUGGGGCGAUCAAGGUGUCAAUGGUACUCCAGUGAUUGUCUACAAAAAGUACUCGAAUGUCGUGCACGGCGGCAUUGAACCCGAUUGCUGUCUGCCAGUCACACUGGAUGUGGGCACGGACAAUGAGCAGCUCUUGCAGAAUCCUCAAUAUUGUGGGAUUCGACAGAAACGUAUCUCGGCGGCGGAGUUCGACGAGUUUUUCGAGGAGUUCACACAUGCUGUGAUACGUCUCUUUGGCUCGCGUGCCAUCAUACAAACCAAGGACUUUGGCUCCUCGGAGUCCAUCAAGCAGCUGUCGUUGUAUCGUAAGCAGCAGUGCAUAGUGGACAUCGAUCUGCAGUAUAUGGGAGCUUGUGGAUUAGCGGGCAUCUUGGGAGCACUACAGAUCACUAAGCUGCAGUUCAAGGACAACGUGCUGCUCUUCCAUGGCGACUCAAGCUUCUGCAUUGGCAUGGCUCGGAUGUGUGUGGCUUACUUAAAAAGAUCGGGACUGAAUGAGAGUGCAGCGAAGUCAGGCAUUUGGUUCUAUGAUGGCAAGGGAUUGGUAGUGUUUAACCGCACUUCUUGGAAGGUGUCCGAACGAAUGCAGGAGUUCCAGCAUGUGCAUGAGCCGGUUGAGGGACUCGUCGAGUCCAUUGAUGCUGUCAAGCCGAACAUAUUAAUUGGCUUCAGACUGGGCGAAAAAGCUUUCACCAAGGAUGUGCUGAGAGCCAUGGAACGUAGUGCCCAGCACCCGAUUAUAUUCGCCAUGUCACGGCCACUCGAGGUAAUGGAAUGCACAGCAGAGGAUGCCUAUACAUACACCAAAGGUCGCUGCAUCUACAUCUCGGGCAUUUCGCUGCCAUCGAUAAAGUAUGCCAACAAAGUGUAUCAGCCGGGCUACUGCAGCAGCGAUUACAUUAUAUCUGGCCUCACUUUGGGUGUAAUGCUCUCGGGGAUGACCGCAGUUCCAGAUGAGACAUUCCUGGUGGCAGCUGAACGUUUAGCCAGCCUCAUUUGGCCAACGGAUCUGGUCAAGCGGGAUGUCUAUGCUCCGCAUCGAAAACUGAGAUCCAUCAACUUGCGAAUCGCAGACGCUGUGCUAUGCUUUGCCUAUCGACGAGGUCUCGCCACACUCUGGCCAGAGCCAGAGAAUUCCAUGCACUACAUACAGAGCAAGGUGUACGAUCUGGGCUAUAACAAAGUGUUACCCGAUACCUAUUGCAUGUACGAGCCACAGAUUGGCACCGACGAAUCGUUCGAUUACUAUAAGGAAAGGGUAUGA